CAAACCCCAUUUGCUCCAACCACCAUGCCCCCCAAGAAGGGAAGUAAGAAGAAGGGAAAUAAGGAUGCCUGGAACGCAGACGACGAUAAGAAAUAUGACUUGAAAGCUGUGGAAGACGCGGACGUCAUAGAUAGCACGUCAAAGAGUGCAAAGAAGAAGAGUUCAAAGACGUCUGGGAGGCCAGUUACGGCGUCAGAUAAUGAGGAGGAUAGUGUGCUGAUUGAGACAGGUGUUGAGCAGGACACAGAUGCGACGGAGGACAGCCGGAAAAGAGGCAAACGACGCGAAAAGAAGUCGAUCUCACAGAACGCAUUUGACUUGCUUGAGCAAGCAGAUCAGGACGAAGACUCAGAGGCGAAUGUCGAUAUGGAUACGCUGGGAGGAAAUUUCAGUGUUUUGACGGUGGGAGAUGAUGACGAACGUGGUAGCGACGCAUCGGAUGUUGGGAGGGGAAAGAGCGGGAAAUCGUCUAGCCGCUCAAAAAGGGAGAAGAAAGCAAAGGCCGCAAAUGCAUCUGGCGCAAAUUCUGCAGACGAUGGCGAGGCAAACGAGGAGGAUAAGAAAGAGAAGAAGGCUCGUAAAAGCCGAGAGGAACGUAAGAAGGAAAAAGCUGGAAGAAAAAAGAACAAAGAAGUCGGUGUGGAUGGCGACGGCCAGGACGAAGACAUUGCACCGGAAACUACUGUGGAUGAUGAUCGAAGGAGCACCCCUGGCGCAUAUAGCUAUGCUUCGGGUCAACCACUAGGUCCUGAGGGUACAAAUCCUAGCGACGCCAUUGCCGUCACUGGAAACCUCUUGUCCCCACCAAAUUCUCGUGAUCUGCAAGUGGACAAACUUACUGUACAAGCUUUUGGAAAGCUACUAAUCAAGGAAUCAGAGCUGUCCCUAAUCAACGGUCGUAGAUAUGGACUAAUAGCUCCAAAUGGGUCUGGUAAAUCCACACUCUUACACGCAAUAGCGUGUGGACUGGUGCCAAUGCCCAAGUCAUUGGACGUGUACCUGUUGGAUCGUGAGUUUGCUGCUACUGAGAUGACAUCAAUAGAAGCCGUACUUGAAAUCACCCGGCGAGAACACCAACACCUGAUGGACGAAAUGACGGAGCUCCUCGGAGAUCCCGAUAAGCAUGCCGUAAGAUUGGACUACAUUCAAACGAGGCUUGGAGAACUUGAGGCAGAAGGCUCCGAAAGACGCGCAUUGGAUAUUCUAAAAGGUCUAGGUUUCUCUGAGGACCUUAUCCAAACAAAGACGAAGGAUUUGUCCGGUGGAUGGCGAAUGAGGAUUUCUCUGGCUCGAAUUCUUUUUGUGAAACCCACCCUGAUGCUUCUAGAUGAACCAACCAAUCAUUUGGAUCUCGAAGCAGUAGUCUGGCUGGAGGAAUAUUUGCUUCACAAUCUCGAAGGCCACACGGUUGUCAUGACCUCGCACUCCCAAGAUACACUUAACGAAGUGUGUACCGACAUUAUCCACCUUUACCAUCAGCAUUUGGAUCAUUACCCCGGAAAUUAUAAUACUUUCACUAAAGUCCGAGCGGAGAAGGACGUGUUGCUUAACAAGCGAGCGAGAGCGCAGGAAAAGCAGAUGGCAAAGCUGAAGGAAAAUUUGAGCAAAACAGGAUCAAAGCAGCAAGCCCAGGCGAAAAAUCGCGUAAAAGCUAUGGAAAAGAGGCAGGAGAAGGACAAAGAGAAGAACAAGGCUUUGGAAGAAGAAUUGAUUUGGGACAAGCCUCUUACACUUAAAUUCUCGGAAUGUGGACGAGGAUUACCUCCGCCCGUCCUGAAAUUUCGUGAUGUGAACUUCGGGUAUCCCGGAGGUCGUCAGCUGUUUCAUGAUCUCAAUUUUGGAAUUGAUCUCGAUUCGCGGAUCGCCUUGGUUGGUCCCAACGGAGCAGGCAAAUCGACUCUCAUCAAGCUGAUGUUGGGGGAAUUGCAACCUACUCAGGGCACCGUUACAAGGAACCAUCACCUCAGAAUUGCACAAUUUCACCAACACAUGGGCGAUCAGCUGGACAUGGACCAGAGUGCAGUACAGUGGUUGUGUUCCCAGUUUAAAGAGUGGCGCGACCAAGACAUGAGACGGGAGGUUGGCAAAUAUGGUCUAACGGGGAAAAGCCAGGUCAUUCCCAUGCGGCAGUUGAGCGAUGGUCAACGACGGCGGGUUAUCUUUGCAUACUUGGGCCUGAAAACUCCACACCUUUUCUUGAUGGAUGAGCCAACGAACGCACUGGAUAUUGAGACAAUCGAUGCACUUGCAGAAGCGAUUAAUGACUAUGACGGUGGGGUUGUAUUCAUCACUCACGACUUUCGCCUCAUUGAUCAAGUUGCAAAGGAGAUCUGGAUUGUCCGAGAUGGGGAGGUAGAAGAGUUUGAUGGUGAUAUCCGGGAUUACAAAGAUAUGCUCAAAGCUAAGUAUGCGGAGGAGCGAGCGGCAAAUGAGUAGAGCAGCUUUUAUUUAUGUUAUGCUAUGGGGGGCGCGUGGCAGCCUAGAUAUAUAGGCAUGAUAGACGUAUCCGAGUUCAGUGAGCAUAUCCUAUCACAGCUUUUUGUUCAUAUAUAAAACUCAAACAUGUGUGAUCAUCCAAGCAGCCAAUAUCUAAUCAAUCUCGACUUCAACG